AUGAAGAACCACACAAAGGUGACAUUUUUCAUCCUAGCAGGUUUGACUGAUGACCCCCUGUGGAAAGUUGUCUUAUUCAUCUUCCUGCUUCUUACCUAUCUGCUCAGCAUCACUGGCAAUCUGGUCAUCAUCACACUCACCCUGAUGGAUGCUCACCUGAAGACCCCCAUGUAUUUUUUCCUUCGGAACUUUUCCUUCCUAGAGAUUUCCUACACUACCACAUGCAUCCCCAAAUUGCUUGCUACUAUGGCAACUGGGGACAAAAGCAUUUUGUAUAACAGUUGUGCCAUUCAGGUGUUUUUUGCUUUCUUACUUGGAGCAUCAGAAUUUUACUUGCUGGCAGCCAUGUCCUAUGACCGCUACGUGGCCAUCUGCAAGCCCCUGCACUACAUGACCAUCAUGACUGUGCUCAACACCUCAGUGGCUCCACUUCUGAAUCCUUUUAUCUACACCUUGAGGAAUCAGCAAGUGAAAACGGCAUUCAUUAAUACAAUACACAGGAUUGCAUCUUUCUCAAAGAAAUGA